CUUUCCUGGGUUCUGGACAGGUAUCGAUGACCUGGCAGGGAUAUUAUUACCCGCCGGUUUUUCCUCUUUUAAACAAUACAUGUUUCGUUUGUCUGUUGGCUGACGAGUCCAUUUCCUUGAAUCCGAAGUGACGUAUCAACAACUGCCUAUGGUGAAUUAUUCUGGGGGGAAUAUAUCUUGCUUGACAGAAUCUGGUUGAGCAGCGUGCGUGGCACAUUCAUCCCUGCCCGUGACAGAGUUACAGCGAGCCUUUCGUUCAUCCUGUUGUCCUUAACCUAGGGAUUGCACCUGACAAUGACUCACCGAAACGGCCAUGCCGAGCCUCUUAUUGACAAGCGCGACUUUGAUGCGAAUAGACCAUUAUUGGGGGAUGUAAGUGCCGAUGGCCAUCCGGUAGAGCGCGGACCAUUACAAUCACGGUCCCGAUCGAAGAGCUCCUGGCAGUCGGCAAACAGGGAUGAUGGCAAUGACAGCGAUGAUAGCAAUGGCUUGCUGAGUGAUGUGGUUGAGGGCAUCGUAGAACGUGAUCGACGGAAGAUGGAGAGAGAGGUGGUGAGGGUGUGCAGCUUCGCUUGGGGUGUUAUCACCUGGUAGAGUCCUCUCUUGGUUUUGGGAUUAGGAGGGCACCGGCUUGCUAACUAUGUCUUAUUUGUAGCCUCGGGGCUGGAAGUAUCACCGCUUUCUCCCUUUACGGUUCCCUGCUACUCACACGUCUCCAUUAUACACAGCUCCGAGUCAACGCGGUUGCUAUUGCUGCGGCGGUCUCGAUGUAUCUUCCUGUUCCGUUGUUCGGAUACCUAUGUGAUCGAUAUACUCCGUCGCCGCUGUCUUUCUCUUCGGGGUUCCUAUUCGGCGGUGGGUAUCUCUUAGCGGCAUUGACCUACAAGAGUGGCCCCCCUCCCGACGCUGGCGGAUCCGGAUGGCCUUUCUGGGUGAUGGUCGUGGCAUUUGCCCUGAUUGGGGCGGGAACAAGUUGCAUGUACUUGGCCGCGGUAGCAACGUGCGCAAAGAACUUCGGCAGGGGGAAGCAUAAGGGGAUCAUGCUGGCUGUCCCCAUUGCAGCCUUUGGCCUCAGUGGUAUGUGGCAGAGUCAGGUGGGAACCUAUCUGCUGUGUGAACGAUUGGAAGAUGGAAAAUGCGGUGAUGUCGAUGUCUUCCGGUACUUCCUGUUUCUUUCCAUAUUGCUCUUUGGGAUUGGCCUUAUUGGCACCCUUGGGUUAAGGAUCGUGGACGAGGAAGAGGAAAAGUACAUCGAUGAAGCAGUUGAGGAACUAGAGCGGAGUGGUAUUCUUGGUGAGAACGACUUCUUCCGGUCAAGAAGUGAAGUCCAGGCUGCGUACGGUACAUUUGGCCAGCCCGACGAUAGCGACGACGAGAACCAAUCAAUAGUCAUGUCGGACGAGGAACGCGAGGCCAGGAGGCUCGAGGAGGAGAGAGGAGAGGAGGAGCGCAGGAAGAAGAACUGGCUUUUAAAUUUUGAAACCAGGCUGUUUCUUAAGGAUCACACGAUGUGGUGGCUCGCAGGCGGUUUCUUCUUGAUUACCGGUCCGGGAGAAGCUUAUAUGAACAAUCUCGGCACCAUCGUUCAAACAUUGAGUCCCCGAACCUUGUUGCCUUCCGCAUCACCACCAGCCGGACUGCCUUCUACUCACGUCACCAUUAUAUCGCUCACGUCUACCAUAGCCCGACUCCUCACAGGUUCCCUCUCAGAUCUCUUCGCGCCCAUAGCAACUCACCAUUUCACCCGCAAUGACCCUGAGUCCUCAUCCAGCCACCGGCAGGAAGAGAAUCCAGAGAGCACCAACACCCACACCACUGUCUCACGCAUGACCUUCCUCCUCCCUUCUGCCUUCCUUUUCUCCCUGGGCUUCCUACUCCUCAGCUCCCCUUUCCCCGUCCAACAUCCCCAGCUCGCCCACAUCACGACAGGCUUGGUCGGAAUCGGCUAUGGAAGCGCCUUCUCCCUGGUUCCCAUCAUCAUCAACGUAGUCUGGGGUGUCGAGAACUUUGCCACAAACUGGGGCAUUGUGUCCAUGUUCCCGGCCAUCGGGGCUGCGGUUUGGGGUGUUUUAUAUUCAAGCGUGUACCAAAGCGCUGCAGGCUCUGGAGGCGGUCCAGGGGACGGUCAAUGCUUCGGAUGGAGAUGUUAUGGGUUCUGGGCCGUGGGCUGUCUGGUUAGUGUCUGGGUGGCUAUAUCUGCUUGGGUUUUGGCGUGGAGGGGGUGGAAGAGGAGGGGCGUUGUUGUUUGAUUGGAUUAUUCUAUUGGACUGACUUUUAUGUUCGUUGCUUUUGCUUCCGGUGUUUUUGGGCUAUAAAUAUAGGCAUAAACUCGAAUAGACAGUC